GCGCGUUCACAUCGUUCACAUUGCGGCGCGCUUGUCCCCGACUAACAAGUCAAAUAAUUAAAUAUUAAUAAAAGUCUCUAUUAAAUUCACAUUAUUCGAAAGUGAAGUCAAGUGUGCGAAACUCGAGUGAAAAUCGCAGAGGCUGUAAAAAAGUGAUUAAGAAAAUGUGAAAAUAUGCGAUCGAGAAAAUGAACGCAUGGAUCAUAAAAUAUUUUUAGCAUUCAGUUAAGUUUAACAAAUGCCAAAAAUUUGACAGCUGGUAUAAAUAUAAAUUAAAAGCAGACAGCAAAUAAAUUGCUUGUUUCAAAAAUCAUAAUAAAAAAACCACUUGAGAAUUGCAAGAUCUGAGACAAAAAGCGAGGCGUGCGCCAAAAAAAAAUAUACAAAAAUUACAUCUGAAAAUAAAUAAAGCAACAAAAUAAAUGUGUAAAGAAUUGGAUAAUUGAGACAUUUGAAAAAUGUUUUAGCCGAGCAACAGACACAAAUAAAACAUUGCCAGACUCCAGUCUAGAAUCUCAGUUUAAAUAUAUAAAAAUAUAAAUUAAUGAAAAUGGGGAAAAUGUGGCAGCUACUGCUGAUCCUGUCCCAACUGCUGCUGCUGCUGCUCCUGAGCAGCGAACUUUACGCGGCGGAACCAGAACUGGAGCACAGGCAAUCUCUGGCCAACAGGCUGAGCGAUAACAGAAACGUUAACAGAAACGAUAACAGAAACGUUAACAGAAACGAUAACGAUAACGAGAACGAUGACGAUGACGAUUACUACACCGAUAACGAUAACGAUAGCGCACACAAUCGCGACUCUCUCCGCAGCGAUAUUAAUUUAAUCGAUUAUGCAACGCCCAGGCCCAGCAACUGGCCGAGAUUCCCAUCAUCGCGCUCAGCUUCCACGGCAGCCACGCCUACGUACAGAGUGCGCGUGCCGCGCCAUCCCCAUGCCCAUGCCCCCCGCUUGGACAACGAUAAUCACUUGGAUGCCAGCGCCGCCUCUGAUGAGGCGGGCUAUCAAUCGGAUCAGGUGCCCGGCGUGCUGACCGCCCAGAAACAGAAGGAAGUGGGCAGCCCAGAAAGUGUGCAGAGCAGUCAUUCUCAAUACAUGAUGCAGAAGGACGAAUCGCAGUUUCUGAGACAUUUGGCUAACAAGAAUUUGGAAAGCAUCGCGAACGAACCGCUCUGCAAAUUGCCGCAGCCGCGCGUCAUCAGGAUGGACUUCGAAACGUCGAAGACAUAUCGGCCGCAUGUCGCGGUGCUGCAUCGUUGCGAUGAGAACAGCAGCUGCUGCCCCACCAAGACGGUGUGGACGGCCAAGAACACGACGAUUGUCGAGAAGGUCUUCUGGGUGCGCUCGGUGGGCAUUCCGAACUCCCAUCCGAGGAUAAUAUCGCUGACUAACCACACCGAAUGCCAUUGCAUCAGUCGGGCCGCCCAGCGGCGCAAGCGCAGUUCCCAGUGCCAGUGUCCCAAGCACUUCAUCAACUUUGGCGUCCAACAGGGCGGCGCCCCAAGCAGCUGCCGCUGCGACUGCCACCUGAGCCACACGACCUGCCAGCGCAUGAAGAACGGCGACGAGGGAUUCGCCGUCUCCGAGCUCAGAUGCAUCCGCAGCAACGCGUGCAGUCCGCCCGUCUGCAACUACGGCCUCUUCAACACAACAAUUGGACGCUGUCCGCGCCAGCUAGGCUUCGGCUAAGCCACGCCCCGUUGGC